GACAUUGUGCACAAUGUUUUGAUAUUUGUAAAUUGGACAUGUGUAGUGAUGGGGAUAUUUAAUAAUUUUUCUCGCCUUUGAUAUUUCGAAUACAAUGCAAGACGAACAUUUUCCAGCUGCAGAAAGGAUUUUGUCAGAAAUCGAAAAUGUUUUCAGAAAGGAUCCGGAAUUGAAGGAGUUUGACAUUGUGCCAGUGGAAGAGAGCACCAACAAGUCGCCGGUUCUGCAUGCAGAGCACUGCCUCGGGCUGGAGUCAUGGUGCGUGAGGCAUGUGUACUGCCACGCGUACCACCGCCUCAUGGACAUUCGCCAGCAGCGCAUCAGAAGAGAAGACACGCCGUCUAUGUUGCGGCUUCUCGGCGGGGCGCUGCUCCUGAACCCAGACGUGUCGACGUUCUGGAGCAUGCGGCGGGAGAUAAUCCGGGCGGACGUGCAGCUGGCGCACGCCGAGCUACACUUCACAGCCGUGCUGCUGUCGCGCAAGCCAAAGUGCUCGGAAGUGUUCGCUCACCGCCGCUGGUUGCUCGGCAGAUUACUGCAAGUUGGCACUGCUGCGGGUGACGUGCUGGGCGAAGAACUGCGUGUGUCUCAGUACGCGGCAGACCGCUACCCCAACAACUACUACGCUUGGAGCCACCGCAUGUGGUGUAUCAACCAGCUGGCGCCAUCCACCGCAGAACCUCUUAAGGUUCUGUGGGAGGAGUGGGCUGCUUCGAAGCACUGGGUAUUGCGCCACGUGUCGGACCAUUCAGGCCUGCAGUACCGCCAGUUCCUGCUGAAGAAGUUGUCCGCGUACCUGGCCGGCACCGAGAGCUCUGCGGCGCCGGGGUUCCUCCGCCUGCCGUCCCACGGCCUGGAGCGGAGCGACGAGUGUUGGGGCAGCUUCCCCGACCUCCUGGCGUCCGAGGUCGAGUGGAACACGGAGCUCAUCCUCAGGUUCAGCGGCCACGAGGCCCUGUGGUGCCACCGCAGGUUCCUCCUGGCCUUGCUGUGCUCGCACGGCGGCCGCACGGCGCCGCCCGACUGCCACGUGGGCAGCGACGGCACGCCCUUGGAGAAGGAUCUCAAGCUGGGGGAGCCACUGGCGGCCUGCGAACAAGCUCUCGUCAGCAAGUGUCUGCCAGCAGACGUGAACCAGUAUCGUUUGUCGGGCCAGCACUGCAAGUGGCUGGCCAGGAUUUUAUACCUGAAUGUUCAUCAGUGUGACUAGCUAUAUGAGCAAGGCUGUGAUUUGUAUUGUUAAACUGAGAGAUUUAGAAGCCAGACAACCAUCAAUCAAGAUCUAUUAUGCAGGCUGGUGCCUAUUUUCAUUGAAGAAAUUUUAAAACUAUUUGUAACCGUUUAUGAUCUUGAACACAAGCAAACAUAUUGAAUUUUUUUUUAUCGUAGCUACCUUCAGUUGUAUGCACUAAAGAAAUGCAAGAAAUAAAGAUAUAAACACUAGUAUACUGAAAAUUAAACAAGCCGUAUUUUCAAAAUAUUGCACUAAAUGUAAAAAUUCCUAAAUGAUCAAAGAUUUUCUAACAGAUAGCUUAAUAAAUAACAAUAAUAAUGAUUUGAUAGCUUAAUUUCAAAUGUAGUUUUGUGUAUUGAAUAGAUGUAAAAAACCAUUUACUUAAGCUAAUAAAAUAGUUUUAGCCUUUAAUCACUAUUAAAAGAUCAGUAAACUCUAUGUUGGUUAUAUGUACAUGUGAAAAAUUUAUUUUUCCAAACUUUUCUUGGAUUGAAGCUGAAUGCCGUAUUUACCCGAAAGUAAAUGUGACUACAUGUAAUGCAAACCAAAACUUUUUGAUUAUAAGUUUUUUAAAAAAGACUUACGAAUUGGAAAUCUAUAUGUAAGUACAUAGCACUUAAAAAUUAUUAAAUUAUUAGAUAUUCCGUAGAUACUAGAUCCUUUCUGGUGCCGCUUUCAUCUGUAGCGUGAUUUACAUGGUCUCUUUAGAAACACCAAACCGCAGUUAGAAAAAAAAUUGUAUUUUUAUGACUAGUUCAAAAAGGAAAGAAUGUAGUGGGAGGGUUAAAGAGAGGGAGGGGGUGCCUUCCCCAGCAGCCACAGUGGAGAACCCAGUGAUAAACUCCUUAUCCUACACCUCUCAUCUGUCAUGCCUGGGCAGGUUCAGGAGGCAGAAAUUAACAGUGAACACAUUUACACGGAUGUAUUUGCAAGGAAUUUUUGAAAUAAAAUGAAAAACAUGUAGAUUAAUUAAAAUAAUAUAAUUACAAUUUAUGAUAUACAAUUCAUGCAAAAGUUUUGAAAAACUUAUCUACAACUGUUUUAGACAAACUUUAAUUCUAAAAAAAUGGAAAACAGGGGUCAAAGAGGUAAUACGUAACUAGUGAAUAAAUAGAAAGUCUUACUUUGGAAGCUUCAGAAGUGUGUAGUUUUUUUUUUGUUUUUUUUGUUUUUUUUUAUUUACCCCAAGUAAUUUCCUCUCCCCUUCCCAUAAUUUUUUGUAGAGGACCAUUUAGAUUAUACUAUUAUAGUAUCUUUGCUUCCAGUAAAAAACGUCAAGAUUGUAUGGACAAUAUCGUAAAAAUAACACCCUCACACAGAAAGCGUGAUAAUUUACAUAACCUGUGAGUGCCAUUUAACAAUAAUUAGAACGUAUAUAAAAUCGAAUGUGUUGGUUAUUAUUCUGGUUAGAAGCUGAACAUCAUAUAUAUAUUUUAUUUUUUUCAUUUUUUCUAAAGUUUUGGAGCCAUCCGUCUUCAACCUAUCGCGGGGUAUCAAUGCCAUUAUGGGGUGAAACUUUCCUACCUUUUCCAGGUACAAUUUUCAUACUAAUGUUGUGGAUUCAAGGCCACUUGGUAUCAACAUGAGGCUUAUAAUUAAGUCAAAAACUUUCUUUUCCUAAUCAUACUUCUUGUUUGCCCUUUUCUUUAUUAUGUAUUAAUUUUGUACAACCACUACACACAAUUAUAUCUAGAGUAUUCAAAGAUUCAAGUAUUCAAACACAUCUACUAGUUUUUGUGGUAACACCACUUGAUAGUAUUUGGCAAAUAUUGGCUGCCAUCACGACUUAAGAAAGAAGUACAAAGUUUAACGUAAUAUUGCCUUUUGUUCACUUACCUGUCUGCUUACAUGAUUUUUGAUUGUCUGGCUUUUGAGUGAAGUGUAGGAACUUCACACUUGCACAGAAUAAUUCAGUCUGCCAUGCAAAGAUUUUUACCUAUAGUAAUAUUUAAGAAUAAUUCAGUCUGCCAAGCAAAGAUUUUUAUCUAUAGUAAUAUAUAACAUGUACAGUAUUGAUAAAUUAUUUAAAGGCUAAAUGCAGCUUAUUUUUUAAUGAUUUCAUUUUGAAAUCCAACAGUAUUAAUAGCUAAUAAAGUUUAAUACUAAAGAUAUAUUUUGUAUUUUAGUCCAAAGAUAUAGUGUGGUUGCUGACACUAGUCAAGUAGGUACUGUAGUGAUACCAAGGCCAUUGGCUAGUGAUAAUUUAAAUGUAAUAUAAUUUUAAUAAAAGUUUCUUCAAUGUUAAACAAACUUCCAUUUUAAGUUUGUGUGUUAUGUGUUAUUUGAUACAAAGAAUUGAGUGUUUUUGCAUGGUUUUGCUGGCAAACCAUAGCAAUAUGAUGAUAACGUAGAUUCAGUUUUAGUUCGUAAUUUGUGUUUAUAAUUAUGCUUGAAAAAAAAAUUAUGUGUUAGAAUUGGUUGCUGGUUGCUAAGAAUAUUCCACACAGUAUACCAUGUAAUGAUGUGCUGUGAUUUUUUUUUAUAAAUGCUACAUGUAUUUACAGUAUAUAAUAUUGCAAAUGAUUAGUCAAUGUCUCACAAAUUAUUAUGAUUAAAGGGACUUUAUUAAAUAAAAUUUUAGGUUUUUCAAUCUUAUGUCAAUAUACAUAUGUAUUUAUUACUCUUAACAUUUUGCUUUUAGCUUAAUGUAAAAUCAUGUAUGAUUCUUAGCAAUAUAAACCUUAUGUAUAGUUCUUAGCAAAGUAUUGAGGCCCACCAAGAAUGCACAUUAUAUGUCUAUAUACCUGACAUUUACUCAGCAAUGGUACUCUCUCAUGUUUAGUGAGCAUCGUGAGUUCUUGUUAUAUUAUUUUGAUAUAAUGAAUAAUUCUCAGUAGAGGGCUUUAAAAUUGUUUAUAUUUACUAUUCAAUAAAUAUUUAAUUAGUGAC